AUGGACUCUCAAGUUUGGUCACGCUGCUCUCCCGCCAAAGUGAUUCCAUGAACAGCGUGCAUAACAACACCAGGACAUCCUCCACUGGAGCUUCAACUUCAAGUAAGGAAGGACAAAGGACACUUCAAAGUCACAUUUUGGAACAACGCGUGUGAGAAGCAUGAGUGACCCGAAUCCAUUUAAAAACCGCGAGGAAUGGCAGGACUGGAUUGUGGACUCCAAUCAAGUGGUGCGCCUCAAAUGGCUCAAGCAUGAAGAUCAUAUUGAAGGAGACGAUCCCUCGUGUUCCUUCCACCCACCCACCAUGACCCAUCAGAUAUAUGGACAAAAUGAGAACAUAUUUGGCUACGCCAAUCCAACGGUUGACCUGCUCAUAGCUGCGGGCUCCCAGAGCGUGCACGUGGUGUCCAAGUUUGACAGCAAGAUACCUUCCCAUUGUGAUUUGGAGGCGGAUGAGCUAGCAGAGCCUGUACAAUCUAUAUUUGCUCCCAAUCAGGAAAUCAAAGAUCUCAGUGUAUUUAGGCAAUACAUUAGGGAAGAGAAGAGCAAGUUCAGACCCCAUCCUGGUGGUCAAGAAUUGCUCAAAUGGCCUUCCAAGACCGACCCUGCUCACAUCACGUUCGAAUUGCACAAGUACGAUGGGUCAGUAAACGGGUUCCAGGAUUUCUUCCGUAAACUCCAACCUUGGAUGAUCUUCUACAUUGACGCAGCGUCGUUCAUUGACAUUUCUGACGCCAGGUGGCGCUGUUUUAUUCUGUAUGAGAAGUCUAAAACUCCGACCGGUGCGAUCCAAUACGCCACGGCUGGUUUUUUGACCGUGUACGAGUACUACAAUUAUCCUAAGCAUAUUCGACCUAGACUGAGCCAAAUUUUGAUCUUUCCUCCUUUCCAAAACCAGGGUUUGGGUACUAAGUUGUACCUGAGUGUUCUGAAAGAUUAUUCCACUCGAGAAGAUGUGCGAGAUUUUACCGUCGAGGAUCCAACUUUAGAGUUCACGAAACUUCGUAAUGUGGUCGAUACUCAAGUAUGUCUCAAGUUGCCAUCCUUUUCAAAAGAGGCGGUCUUACAAGGCUUCUCGAAGAAAAUGGUCCAAGAGGCUAAUGACAAGUACAAACUGAACAAGAGACAAGUGAGGAUCGUGUUUGAAGUGGCCUAUUUGUUCCACAAAACUGGAGGAGAAGCGUCUGAAGAAUUGGAAUACUCUGAUUUCAGGAUUCUCGUCAAGCGGCGUCUCUACAUUCCGUUCAAGCGAGAAGAAAUUCAGAUGAAAAAGUUAAAGAAGAUAUUGAGCGACGAAGAAUAUCAGAAUGUGUCGAGUGCUUCUCCAAGUCAAGUGGAAAAGCUUCAAACCGUGCAAACACAGUACGAAGAGAUCAAGAGUGAAUACACCAAGAUUGUGAAUGCCAUCUCCGCCAAGACUGACCUAAUCCAAUAAGGUUUCCCGACUCAAGACCUCCAUCGAAAGUAAAUGCUCAGUAUUCAAAAACCCGCCCCUAAGGCGUUAUGUACCUUGUACGAGGCAUUUUAGCACUAAAUCCAAAAUAAAUAUGUUUUUUCCUCUUUA